UAAAAUUUAGGAAUUUUUUUUAUAAUUAUUUUAACCUUUUUCUUUUUGAUUUUUCAGUAUCGUUUAGCUUCUCCUCCUUAUCUCCCAAAAUCCAAGUUCCAAUCCUUGAUACGUAGAAUUGCUUGGCACAGCCACGGUCAGGUAUCUGAUUCACCGAUUGCAUAGAUCGGAUCUGGGACGAACACAGCAAAUAAAUAAAUAAAUAGGAGCAGUGUAUAAAAAGUAAUCGAAAAAGAAGGAAAAAAUGCAGUUCUUUGGAGGAUCAGAGAUCAGUCCAUCACCGCCGACACCAACGACGGCGGGGAACAACGCCCACAUGAUGUACGUAUUCAACCGAAACGGAGUGUGCUUGCUUUACAGGGAGUGGAAUCGGCCUCUCCACACCCUCAACCCUCAACAAGAUCACAAGCUCAUGUUUGGUCUCCUUUUUUCACUCAAAUCCCUAACUGCCAAAAUGGAUCCCACUAGUGCUGAAAAGGGAAAUCUAGGGGUCCCUCAGUUGCCUGGUCAAGGGUGUUCCUUUCAUUGCUUCCGUACUAAUACCUACAAACUUAGUUUCAUGGAAACUCCUUCGGGGAUCAAGUUUAUAUUGGUCACUAAUCCCAGGACUGGUGAUCUUCGUGAAACACUCAAGUAUAUUUAUAACUUGUAUGUUGAGUAUGUUGCCAAGAAUCCACUCUAUACCCCUGGGACUCCUAUCAGGUGUGAGUUAUUUAAUACAGCUCUUGACCAAUACGUGAGGAGCAUUGCAUAGUAUAUAAAGGGGUGUUUAGAUCGGGAGAAUUUACAAAUUUUUCUCUGGAAUCUUACUGAUGAGUAUUUGAUUUCAACGUUUGGUUCAGGGUAAUUUGAUUCCGAAUAAAAAUGAUAGAUUCUCAAUAGCACCCAAAAUCUCAAAAUCAGAAACUUAUAUAUCCAUGAGAUAUUUUAAGAUUCUGAAAGGAAAUGUUGCAUUAUUUUUAAAUUUGAUUUGAGUAAAAAAUGUAUGAAAUAGCCGUUAUUAUUUUGAAA